AUGGAGGACUACAUCGAGCGAGAGCAGAGGCCUUCGGACAGCUUCGCGGAGGAUUUGGUGUCGCACUUCCUUGACGAGGACAGCGCCCCGGGGGUGGUGGAGCGCGCGCGCAUGGCCGCGCUGCUGCUGCCCUCGGUGACCUCCCAGGAGGUCUCUGAGGUGGCAAAGCUCUACGACUUCACCCGGAAUGUGGUGGUGAAAAUUGCGACCCCCUUGAUGUCGCUGCGCAGCCCCGCCUACACCUUCUGGAGCGUGUUGCAGGCGUGUCGCCAGCUGCGUUUUCCCCGGCCGUCCUUGGACCUCCCCGGGGAGGAGGAAGUGGCGAAGCUCAUGCAGUCAGUGGCUGCCGAGGAGAUGGAGGCCUGGCCAGCGGACGCGGACGACGUGGACGCGCGCCUGCUGGGCCUCUUCGAGAACACCGCAGACAAGCGCCUGCCCCGCAGCGGCGCCGAGAACGGCCUCCGCGCCGUGUCAGCGGCGGGAGUGCCGAAGCCCUCCCGCAAGGAUCUGGCGGAGUCCGAGUCCGGUCCCUUCGGGGAGGAAGUGAUCUUGCAGAACGGUUUGCGCGUCUUCCUCAAGGAGACGGACCUCUUCGAUGACGAGAUCCUGGUGAAGGGUCGCAGGUGGGGCGGACUCUCCGAGUUCCAGGAGAGCGGCAUGUUCAGCGGAGGCACCAGCUGCGAGGCCCAGGUGAACCAGAUGUGCGCAAUGAUGCUGGGCAUUUGUGGGCUGCCGGCGGAGUCCUUGCAGGAGUGUCUGGAAGGCAAACGCGUGGAUCCGAGUCCUCCGAGCAUGGAUGCAUAUACCACGUCCCUGGACGGUUCCUCCUCUCCAGCAGAUUUCGAGGUUUUGCUCAUGCUUUUGUCGCUACUAUUUCUUCAGCCGGUGCAGCCGAGCGCCGGUAGCGCUGGGAGGCUGAGCCUGGUGAAGCUUGGGCUCUUAGCUUGGCGCCUGGCAGAGGAUCGGGACCCGGCCAGCCAAUUCCGGCGGCGCGUGCAGAGCGCUGUGACGGGGAAUCACCCGUACACCUGGCUUCCCAGCCUCUGGCGCAUCCUGCGGCUGAACUUUCAGACCGCUGCUCAGAUCUUCAACGAGCGCGCCUCGGAGCCCCGGGAGUGGACCUUCGUGCUGGCGGGAAAGCUGCCGAAGAAGGAGAAGCUGCUGACGCUGCUGGAGACCUACUUAGGCUGCAUCCCCAACAAGGGCACCAACGAGCGCCCGGAUGACCUGGAAAUGCGACAAGCCGUGACACCUCUGGACAUCAAGUUCCCGGAGAAGUGCGUCCGGGAAGAUGUGCACAUUCGCAUGGUCGAACCAAAGGGCAGCACAGUGCUGAGCUUCCCGCUGCGCCUGACCGCCAAAAGCAGCGAGGACCAAAGCGCGUGCCAGGAGGAGCUUCGGGAGCUGAUGCAGCUCCAGCUGCUAGUCCGCCUGCUGGAGACACGCCUGGUGGAAGUCUUGCGCUUCCGACGUGGGCAGGUCUACAGCGUGGCGGUGGGCACGGACCUGGCACUGUCGCCUCCGCAGAUGGGCCAGCCCCGGCGCGGCACCAUCAGCGUGAGCUUCGAGUGCGACCCGGAGGAGUCCGAUGAGCUCGUGGCGGCCACGCGAGAGGAGCUGCAGAGGCUUCGAGACGGCACUGCGGCAUUGACGCCGGAGAAUGUGCAAGCGGCGGUCGAGCAGGACCGCCGGGAGUUCGAAGAGCUCGUGCACACCAACAGCCGCCAGACAUGA